AAUCCUCGGCGGGUCCUUUAUGAAGCACGCUAGAAACCUAAUUAACGAUCGUUUAGCCUUAUGAUCAUGAUAUCCCCAACACCAAACUGUUACCAAACUCACGCUUAUAAUCAAUGAUCUCUUAUCCCAUAACUUUAAAAACAAAAGCAACACAAAUUUUUCUUAGCUCCCAACAUUAAUAAUGAGGCUAAUAAUGUCUCUUAUGGUUUUGUGUGUUUUGGUUGCAAGAGGAAAUACAAUUACAACCAAAGAUAUUUUCAUAUUGGCUGGACAGAGCAACAUGGCCGGUCGAGGAGGUGUUUUUAAUGGAAAAUGGGACGGUGAUGUUCCAGUUGAGUGUAAGCCAAGUCCAUCAGUUUUGAGAUUAAGUGCAAAUCUUAAAUGGGAAGAAGCCCGCGAGCCGCUUCAUGAAGAUAUCGAUGUGGAGAAGACUUGCGGUGUUGGGCCUGGGCUUGCAUUUGCAAACGAGGUAGUUCGAAUGCAUGGUGGUGGUGGCGGUGGUGGUGGUGGAUGUGUGGUGGGGCUUGUUCCUUGUGCGGUUGGUGGGACGAGAAUUGAAGAGUGGAGAAAGGGUGCUCCGUUGUAUAAUCAAUUGGUGAAUCGAAGUAUUGAAUCGGUUAGGGAUGGUGGUGGUGUAAUCAGAGCACUUGUUUGGUAUCAAGGUGAAAGUGAUACUGUAAGAGAAGAAGAUGCUGAGAAGUAUAAGAGUAGAAUUGAGAAUUUUGUGAAAGAUUUUCGGUCUGAUCUUCAACUUCCAACACUUCUGAUUAUUCAGGUAGCACUUGCAUCAGGGGAAGGCACGUUUAUAAACAAGGUGAGACAUGCUCAAUUUCAUAUCAAACUUCCUAAUGUCAUAUCUGUUGAUGCCAAAGGAUUGCGUCUCAAGGCAGAUAAUCUUCACCUUACAACAAUAGCCGAAGUUCAUUUGGGUAUUCGGUUAGCUCGUGCCUAUCUCGCUUCCGUCAAUCAUCACUUUAAUUAUACACAAGUUAAUUAUACACAAGUUAGCUAGUUAUCAUUCGGUCGCUUGUCUAGAAGAUAAGCGAUCACACGUUUUUCUUAUUUACACGACUCGAAUAUUAAGCUAAGAAUGAACAACUCGCAUUUGGUCUUGAGAAAUGAGAAUGUAUGGUUAUUUACAGGGGAGUUGAGUAAAUACUUUAUGAAUAUGAUAACAUGAUUAUUUUUUUUUUAUCAGUUGAUUCAUAUAAAGUGAAAAUGAAAUGAAACAUUGUAGGCCACUUGAGAUUAGACCGUACAGGGUUAAGGAAAAACAAUUGAAUUUUAUAAGGUAUCUGUAUAUUUUGGAACAUAGUAGCAAUUUGAUGGAAUAAUGAAGCUCAACAUGGUUUGGAUCAUAUAAAAGCAAUUUCGUCUGACAAAGUGUCCCCAAGCCUAGUCGGCAAGAAUCUUAGAGAGAAUCUUUGCAUUUUUGUGGUUGUAUUUUGGAGUUUCAAAUUAUUUUCUGUCAUUCUCUUGUA